CGCGUUUUAAGCUUUGACAACAACUGCCUAUUCACGAUGUCCACACGACUUCGCGCCCCAAGCCAGUGUUGCGUCGGAACAGCUUGUCCGCUUCGCGUAAACGCACGAUCGAGGAUCACACCAACAUCGUUUCAGCGCCGAUGUUUACGGGUUGCUGUCGUCAAGGCGUCUGCGAGUGCUGGAGCGGAUGGAAAGCAGCCACUCCACACCAGGGUUGCCAUCAUAGGAGGGGGCCCUGCAGCACACACGGCGGCGAUCUACGCAGCGCGUGCGGAGCUGGAGCCAAUAGUCUUUGAGGGUUUCAUGGCAGCCGGCAUUGCCCCCGGCGGCCAGCUGACCACCACCACCUUCGUGGAGAACUUCCCGGGCUUCGUUGAGCCCAUCAUGGGCAUCGACCUGACGGAGAAGUUCAAGCAACACAGCAAGCGCUACGGCACUCGCGUCUUCACAGAAACCGUCACGUCCGUUGACUUCCAAGUAUUCGACCAAGAGGGCUCCGACUCUAGCAGCAGCAGCAGUAGCGGAACAGGGGUUCAAACACCGCAACAACAACAUCAACAGCAGCAACCCGGCGCACCCGCGGCUCCCAGUGGCGGUGCAGCGCAGCGCAAGCGUCGCGGCCCCUUCACGUUGCGAACCACGGAGCGCUGUGUGACCGCGGACGCCGUGAUCAUCGCCACGGGUGCGAGCGCCAAGAGGCUGCGCUUCCCGGGCAGCGGGGACGAGUCGGAGGGCGGCUACUGGAACCGUGGCAUCUCCGCGUGCGCCAUCUGCGAUGGAUCCUCGCCGCUCAUCAGGAACAAGCCGGUUGCGGUGGUGGGCGGGGGCGAUAGCGCCAUGGAGGAAGCCAUGUUCCUCACCAGGUACGCCUCCAAGGUCUACAUCAUUCACCGCUUCAACUACCUGGAGGCUUCCAAGUCCAUGGCCCGCCGCGCCUUGGCCAACCCCAAGAUCGAGGUGCUGUGGUGCGCCGAGGUGCGUGAGGCGCAUGGCAGCGAGGCAACCGGCAACCUGGAGGCCAUCACCAUCGCCCGCUCGCCGCUGCCGGCGGGCGCACCGGUGGGGCUGGCAGCGGCGCCGCCCGCACCAGCUGCUGCUGCGGGUGCUGCUGCGGGUGCUGCGGGUGCUGCCCAUGCAGCAGGGAGGGACGGUGGUGAGGUGCUGGAGCGGUUGGAGGUGUGCGGGCUGUUCUUCGCCAUCGGACACCGACCCGCCACGGACUUCCUGCAGGGGCAGUUGGACCUGGACGACUACGGCUACAUCGUCACUGCGCCCGGCAGCACCGUCACCAGCGUGCCAGGUGUGUUCGCCGCGGGUGACGUGAUGGAUCGUAAGUACCGGCAGGCCAUCACGGCGGCGGGCAGCGGCUGCAUGGCGGCACUGGAGGCGGAGAGGUUCCUGCAGGCGCUGGACGCUGGUGUCGCCCCCGCGGCGGCUGCGGGUGUUGCGGAGCGCGGCGAGGGCGGCAUGCCGCAGCAGUGGACCGCCUCCGCUGCCGCCCCUCCUGCAUGACAGCGCCCCUCCUGCAUGAUGAGGGGAAGUUGAGGGGCCAGAGAUAUACCAGACCCACAGGUUGAUUGAUUGGGAACGAUUGGGAUAGAGGGAAGCUGAGGGAGGAGGAGAGUAGGGAGGCAGGGAGGCGGCUGCUCAAGGCAACCUGUGCGCGGGAUGGCGGAGCGGCUGCGGGUGCUGCCCGAUGGCAAGGCAGGGUGGGGGCGUCCUGGCAUGUGCAGCGUGCGGCAUGAGCAGGUGAAGUACGGAGCGGGGGGCGGAGGGGUGUAGAUGGCGAGCGGGGUGUUUGGGUAGGCUAGGUGGGUGUGCAUGGGUGUGUGUUUGCAGCGUUGUUGUGUAUGCGGGUGCGCUGGAGGUGUGUGGGUAGGAGGUGUGGGAAGGUAAGCGGUGGCGGUGGUUCCCAAUGACGUCCUUUGUUACGGGUGCGUGCAUGCAGGGGUAAGGUACGCAGCGAGCUGGUGUGUGCAUGCGCAUUUGCAGUGGACGUGUGUUUAGGUGGUUGGUUGCGUCUUGUUACCGCUGCUUGAAGGAGAUGUACUGUAUUGCCGGUAGCUGCAGGAGGAGAGCCCGGGGUGCGGGCGGAAGCUUGGUGCAGCUAGUACGGCAAAGGCUCUCUAUAACAGUGCAUGCUUGCUGGUGUUAUGAAGAGAGAGGUUUGUGUGAGAAGUAAGAGGUAGGCAUGAGGUCCGGCGAGUAGAGAUGAUAUUUAAUUGUGCGGUAAAACGUCUUGGCUGCGACAAACUCCGGAGAGAGAGGGGCAUUCAGCUCCCGCGGUUCGCCGCCUAACGUCAGUUUACGUAUAUGCGUUGGAGUGCAUUGGGGUUCUUAAGAGGUGCUAAGAGUGACGGGGAGGAGUACGAGGCAUGCGGCGACCUACUGUAGUGGGGGUCCUGCUGUGGCCCCGACACCGCUUUCCUUGCCAACGGCUGCCCGGUUUUGGUGGUUAAGCGGUUAAUAAAGUGCAAGAGCGAACCAGGAUACUGCUUCUGGGUGCGCAGUGCGUUCGAGUGGGGCUGUGUUCGCCGCGGAUGGGAGUCCUUGGCCACUCAGCGGCCAGGAAACAGUUGGGACAUCACACGUCCUCUUCAAGAAGCGCGCCUGAA